CGAUCUAGAUGGGGGAAACAAAAGAAUUUAUUGAAAGUGAAACUGGGCCCCGUCGAUCAGGCGGCAGAUGCUCUCGGCUUAAAUGGCACACAAUUCCCACUCCAUAUAUUACCGAAAACUGGCUGGAUCGCUCGCUGGUGCUCGAGAAUUGAAAGUCCAACCUAAAUGUAACACUGAUCAGCCGGAUUCGGGGAGCCGCAUCACAUUGGAUGUGCCUAUGCCAUGCAGAUCUUAGCCCACUUUGCCGUCCAGUGUUCAUGAUUUAUGCUCGAGUGUGGGCCCCCUUCAGAGCUGUCAGAGUGAGUGGCCCAAGCGCCUAAGUAAUCAUUCAGAACGCGCUGUGGUGCUAUAAAAGCCUGGUCGCCAGCCCAGAGGGGCCCACAGUUCAUGCAGAUUGAAGAUGAAGGUGCUGUGGCUGCUGGGGCUAUUGGUUUCGUGGCUAUCAUCGUUGGCCAGCGCCCGCCAGGUGGGAAGGUGCAGCCUGGCCCGCCAGCUCUAUCGGUAUGGCGUGCCCUACGGCGAGCUGCCCGACUGGCUCUGCCUCGUGGAGGGUGAGAGCUCCUUUAACAGCAGAGCCAUCAAUCCCUCCAAUGUGGAUGGCUCUGUGGACUGGGGUCUCUUCCAGAUCAACGAUAGAUACUGGUGCAAGCCAGCAGACGGUCGUCCCUCGACGGAUCUCUGUCGUCUGCCCUGCCGUCUGCUGCUUAGCGACGACAUCAGGUACUCCAUUGCCUGCGCCAAGUACAUCAGACGCCAGCAGGGCUUUUCAGCAUGGGUGGCAUGGAAUAACCGCUGCCAGGGAAUCAAGCCGAAUGUGAACCACUGCUUCAGAAGAAGAUACAGGAACUCGGGAUGACAUUGCCUAUAACAAAUAUGUGAUAAAAGACAGAAAUUACCAUAGAAUUUAGUCCGUUUUUAAAGAAAAUGUACCCACAAAUGGGAUUUCUGAUAAAAAAAAAGCAUAUAAGUUAUUUUUGGAAGAUAUUUUUAUGCGCCAAAAAUUGAUUAUUGAUCUGCUAGUUUUUGUGUUGAUAGUUCCUACGACAAGGUCGAGAUGAUCGUCCGACGGCGGUCUGUUGAAAGAGUAGGUGGAUCGCUACCGCAUCGUCAUUGGCAACCAGACGUGGGUAUUCGAGAUGGGGAACGAUCCUUCUUUGCCCUCGGCGGGAAAGGAUGUAAUUGAUUUAAAAAUUCGCUUAAGUUUGAUACAUGACAUCGACAUACCAACUACACGGCUCAGUAGCGCCUCCAAGUAUACAUUCUACACGUGACAACUAUCGCUAAGCACAUAAAAACAAGCUAACCGCUUAGGGUCAAUAUCUACAACCAAGGAUUUUGUAGAGCAUAGCCCGGCACACAGCAAACAGCAUUGGAUCACGCAAAGGUGGAGGAGCAAUUAAAAAUAAGGCGCCGAAUUCGUUUCUCUUAUCGCAUAUAAAUAACGAUAUUUUCUUGUGCAUCGGCAUGAC